UUUAUACGCGAUGCAAAACAGGUCAUUCGUAUUAUUUUGAUAGUUGAUUCUCAUCAGACGAAGCAAAAACGUUUAAGAAGUGGAACAUGCACUGAAAUUAUUAUUUUUUUAGUUUUGAUCAUUUUUGCAUGCCAUUCACAUGGAUCAAGGCAGAUGCUCUCCAAAAGGAAGUGACAUUAAAGAUUCCUCCUUUUUGGAAAGUGAUGCCAAUGGUCCAAGUUUUCCCUUAUCAGAAUGUGAUGCCGAAGAGUCAGAAGAUAAUCUGGAGGAAAGGCGAGCUCGUAAAGGAUCCUGCUUUGGAUUUCUAGGAUCCUGCUUUCGAUUUGUAGGAAUGUGUUGUCAAUAUUUUGCAAAUAGUAACGAUGAUGAUGAAACUUCAAAAAUAACAGAAACUUCUGUAGGUCAUAUGAAUGAUAAUCGCGGUUUUGAAGACAGCGAUGCAAUGCCUUCAUCAGUUUCCCAUAAUGAUGAACUUGAAAAAGUAGAUCAAUCUUCAUCUUCUCGUACAAUGAUCUCUUCAGAGCAACAUACAAAGCGAGGGGGUGUUUUGCCCAAUAUCACGUCUUUAGAAAGUGAUGACGAAAGUAAAAUGAGAGCAUUUGAAGAUGUUAACGUUGCCAAAAGUGCUGUGCCUUCUAAAUCGGAAGCUGAAAAGAAAGAAAGACGACGUCGCAAAGAUAGUAACGAUGAUGAUGAAGUUUCCCAUAAUGAUGAACUUGAAAAAGUAGAUCAAUCUUCAUCUUCUCGUACAAUGAAGCAACAUACAAAACGAGGGGGUGUUUUUCCAAAUAUCACGUCUUUAGAAAGUGAUGACGAAAGUAAAAUGAGAGAUGUUAACGUUGCCAAAAGUGCUGUGCCUUCUAAAUCGGAAGCUGAUAGUAACGAUGAUGAUGAAGCUUCGAAAAUAAAGGAACUUUCUGAAUGUCAAUUGAAUGUUAAUGACAGUUUGAAAGACAGCUAUGCAAUGCCUUCAUCAGGGAUUAAUGAUGGUUGUCUUAAUGCAGAAAAGAGUGUGGAAGAAGGAUACGUUUGUGAAGAAGAGGGAAAACAACGUUUGGAAGUUCAAGAAUUGUUGCGUGAACCAUGGAAAUGUUUUGAUAAAUCAAUAAUGCAUCAGGAAAAGUUUAAAAAGAUGGAGGAAUAUGGACGCAAACAUCCAGAAAAAGUUACACUGCUCAGUGAAUUGCGUGUAAUUUUCAAAAAGGAGUAUUUGCUUGGCAAGGGAAGUGAUGGAACCCGUGUUUACCUUGCCCUGGGAAAUGAUGGUUAUGGAAAAGCAGUAAAGCGAAUACGCAAAGAUAGCGGCAAAGACUAUGCAAAUCGAGAAAAGGAAACUUUGAAUGAGCUUAAUGCAAAGCGAUCAAAUUAUGUUGUGAAUAUUUGGCAUUUAGAAGAGAACCUUGACGAAGAAUAUUUGUACAUGAUAUUAGAUUUGUGUGAAGAAUCGUUAGAGGAUUAUGUGGAAUCUUCUUCUUUGCAAGAUCUUCUAAAAGUCGUCCCUAAAAUUCUUAUUCAGAUCUUAAAUGGUCUAGCUCACCUUCACAGCGGUGAUCGUCCUAUUCUUCAUCGGGAUUUGAGACCAUCAAACGUUCUUCGAGAUGUACAAGGAAAUUUUUUAAUUGCUGACUUUGGUAUUAGUCAUAUUUUAUGCGAUGGAGCUGUGACUCAUCAAAGCAUACAGAGAGGAGCUAAAAAUUGGAUAGCUCCAGAGUCAUAUAACGCAUCAGAUGCAACAGUUGAUAAAGUUCUUUACAAAAAAGAGUCUGACAUUAUGAAUGCAGGAAUGGUGGCUUAUUAUGUUGCAACAAAGGGAAAACAUCCUUUUGGAGAUGAACGGCUUAGACUGGACAACAUUUUGAAAGGAAAUCCAGUUGGCUUGGACGAAAUCGAGGAUGCCACGUUCAAAGACCUUUUAUCGUGGAUGCUACAGCUAAAACCUGAAGACAGGCCAUCUGCCAAUGAGGCGUUAAAACACCCUUAUCUACAAUCAGAAGAAGAGAAAUUUAAUAUGCUGUGUGAUAUUGGGAACCAACUGAAGGUGAAACAUUCACAAGGUCAAAAUUCUCCCACUUCAGACGUUCAUAAGCAGUUGCAUGGUUCCACAGAAUGGAUGAAGCGUAUCGAUGAUGAAGUCGUCAAAGAUUUGAUCAACUUUGAAGUAAACGACAGUAUAAAAGCUCCAAAGUACGAGUCUACAUGGGCAGGAUGCUUAAGAUUUAUGCGAAACGUUGACCAACAUUGGCAAAAUAAGCCUCGUCCGCAUCUAUCACAACAUGUGAAGCAAGGCAAUUAUAAAAAGUAUUUCCUGCAACGUUUUCCUGAACUUCCUCUUCUGGUGCACAAAGUCAUUAGGUCACUGGAAAACGAAAUCUGUUCACAAGAAUAAUUAAGAACAUCGUGCAUUUGUUCAGGAUUUGUUUACACUAUCUACUCAUAAGUUUUAUUGUCUCGCUUUUAAAUUUAAUGACUUUUCAUUUAAACAUUUUCUCACUUGAUAAUGGAGUCUUAUAAUUAAUUAUGUAAUAUAUACUGUGAAAAAUUGUAAUCUCCGCAAAUGGAUAUGAUUACUUAAAAAAAUUUAUAAUGGGACUUAAAAUAUUACUAUUUCGAAUGUAUAGUCAUGUAGUGGCAAUGUAUCCCUCGCAAUACAUGGCAUUCAUCUUGUUAAAUGAAUUAAAAUUGUAUGUUCGUCA